CUGAUGUUGCCUGUAGAAUAUCCAUACCACUGUCCUUCCCCGCUUCCACCACUCGUUCGUGCCGCUCGUCGUCAUCGUCAUCGUCGUCGUGAUCGAGGCCGACUCCACACCGCAUGCAUGUUCGUCACCUCGGCGCAUACCUGACCGUAGAAUGGUACAACAACCUACAACCAUACCUUACCGUACUGUAGGUACCUGUAACCCCCAUACAGUACCUGCCCAGACAACACCACCCCACCACUCGUGUUUCACCUCGCCGACAUUCCAUUCACUCUCCACCUCCGUGCGAGACCGUGCAAGAGAGGGCGGGUGUGUCAUGCUCGCACCCCAGACACUGCAGCAUUGUAGGGAAGAAGAGCUAUGCUCUGUCAGAGAGCGAGAAUAAGGCAUCAUGGCAUCUUCGCUCGUUGCACCUCCAGCACUGGCCGGCUCCGAGGACUGAGACAGCUUCAAACGGCGACAGUGACGGAUGGAGACAUUGGCAGACUCGCUGCAAAGCCUCUGCACCCUCUCACUCUCGCGGAUCUGUGUAAGAAUGGGCGGCCUCCGCUGUCCCAGGAAGCGCUGCUCAGCAAUGCCAACUUCACCCUCGACAUCCUCCCCUCUCGCCUGGCUCAUCGCAUCCAGAGCUUACGCUCCCUCCCGUAUAUUGUCGUAGCCAAUCCACAUGUCAGCAAGAUCCACCAGAACUACAUCCACUCGUUGUCCACCCUUCUCCCAUAUGCCGAGCGGAAGCUGCAGAGCUUGGAGGAGGAAAUCACCUUCACCGAGGUCAUGGUCAACCUCGUCCAGACACAUAGUAACACCAUUGCUAUUCUCGCUCGCGGCUUCCUGGAGGCGAGAAAGUAUAUCAGCAAGGAGGAAAUCACUCGCUUCCUCGACGAACACCUUCGCGCUCGCAUCGGCACCCGUCUCAUCGCUGAGCAGCACAUCGCCCUCCACUUCUCCUCUCAGCCACACGCUGAUCUCUCCGACGCGUCCCCGCCGCCUCAAGAUUCCACAUACAUUGGCGUCAUAGACACACACCUGAAACCCGCCGACAUCAUUAAAGACUGCGAACACAUGGUGGGAGACAUCUGCGAGCUGAAGUACGGACUGAGACCGACCAUCAAUAUCAUUGGAGACCCCGAAACCACCAUCGCACAUAUUCCCAUGCAUCUGGAAUACAUCCUCACCGAAUUGCUAAAAAACAGUUUCCGCGCGACCAUCGAAGCAGGGACGGAGAAGGAACCCAUCGAAAUCACCAUAGCCCCCGCUCCUGCACCUGCAGAAUUGACGGCACGCAUGAAGUCCAAACACGGCGUUGUCCACCAAGCUGAACAGGAAGUGGAAAGAGCAGGUGGAAUCAGCAACUACGACCAAGGCAAUGUGGAUUACGCUUCCAAUGCAAACAAGCCAGCACUCGCCAUGUCAGAGAACAUUCGAGCCCUCGAUCAAGCUACACCGGGCGUGACGAUCCGAAUCCGGGACCGAGGGGGUGGAAUCAGUCCGGAAAACUUGGCAAAGUUGUGGGAAUAUGGCUUUACGACGUUCAAUGAAGACGAGAUGAUGGAUAAGAUUAGUGGUAAUGGGGGAGACGGGACAGCAAUGUCGCCCUCCUUGGACUCCUUGAGUGCAGGGGGACCUGCAGGCGGGUCGAGUCUUGCUGGUCUGGGCUAUGGCCUACCGCUCGGAAGAGCUUAUGCCGAGUAUUUUGGUGGGGGCAUCGCGGUGCAGAGUCUGUGGGGAUGGGGCACGGAUGUGUAUCUCAGUUUGCGGGGCGUAGGGAGAUUGCAAGAUGGGCGAAAGGAGGCGACGGAGCAAGAGGAGGGAGGAGAAGAAGAAGAAGCGCAGAAGAAAUGGAAGUACGAUGAAGGGAACAGGAAGGAUCUUGGGGGCCGGUGGUAACAAAGUCGAGCAGACGAAAAAGAUGCACGCUACUCUGCUGGGAAAGUCCACAGCAGAACAAAAAGCAGGACUGGAUCAUCACCUCUUCUGACCAUGUCUGGCCGACGCUGCUGCUAUGCUGCCGCGAUCACGUGGCAGCGACCAGACGCACAAAAAUGUGCUGCCCUCCGCAGCCCUCAUGGUGAUGUAUGAGAUGUUCCGUGUUAUUUGCAGCAUGAAUCGGACAAUAGUGACGAGGAAUGAGAAUAUCAA